CGCCGAUUACCCUAUAUAUUGGCGCCAACAGCUCUGUACUAUGAAGUUGCAGAGAGACGGAGUUCCAGUCCCUCAAGCUUCGCAUCAUGUUGGAGCUUCACAAUCUCCCAAACUCACCGACUCACCGGUUCUCCCACCGAGUUCACCCAUGUGAACUCACUUCUCUCCCAUCACUCUUCUCAUCAUCAUCAUCAAAUCCUCCUCACGCUCGAAUUCUUCACCAAUUCAGUCGAAUUCAAACAGUCCCUUGUUUCAAAGAACCUGUACAUUUUCCAAUCGACUUGGUGGAAACUUCUUCAAGCCACGCAUUCCAAUCCGAGUCCAAGGUCGAAGACGAUGACACCAAUUCGACGCCCUCUGACGUUGGCUUGAUUCAACAUGCUACGUGGAUUGGUUUCGCUACCAUCACAAGCAAGAUUCUGGGAUUAAUUAGGGAGAUUAUCGUGGCUUCAGUUUUCGGCAUAGGUCCAGUGGCAACUGCAUUCAAGUAUGCUUAUGUGCUUCCUGGUUUUUCUGCAUCACUUCUGGGUGGUGUAAAUGGUCCCAUCCAUAUUACUAUGGCCACCACUCUAAGUAAGCUUUCGAAGGAGCGCCAGAAGAAGCUGUUUCUACAUAUAAAUUUUGUCCUGUUUCUGGUUGGAGGUCUUAUUGGUGCUCUUGUGCUUGUAACUGCCGAGUUCAUCAUUCAUCUUUAUGCACCCGGUUUGUGGGUCCUGGCAGAAGGUCGAAUAACGAGAGAAAUAGCUUGUGCACAGCUGAAAAUAAUGAUUCCCUGCAUAGUUCUUGCUGGCCCUAUUGGUCUUGGUUUUGGAUAUAUGAGUGCAGAAGGAAAUAACGUCGUUCCCUCUAUUAGCCCUGUUCUCUCUAGCAUGCUCAUUAUUGCUGGUUGCUUUACAUAUGCUUUUGCAAGGCAAUUAAAUGCUUUCCAGACUGGUGAUCUGUUAUUUGGUGGAAUUCUUGUAUCUUGUGGAGCUUCGCUUGGUGUUUUUCUACAGUGGGUUAUUCAGGUCAUAGUGCUUUGGAGAAGAGACUAUAGUAUGAUUCCAUUAUCAUGGAUGAGCAUUUUAGAGGACAAAGAUGUGCAUGCGUUCUUCUCCCUGCUGCUGCCUGCAACAAUCAGUCUGGCCUUUGCACACAUUGCCUCUUUUACUGAUCUUUGUUUUUCAUCUCUUAUUCCUGGUGCUACUGCUGGUCUCUCAUAUGCAUAUCUUCUGGUCAUGGCACCUUUGGGCCUACUUUCCAGCAUAAUUAUACUGCCUCUUUUACCUACUUUCUCGAAGGUGGCAAAGACUUCAUCCUGGAAAAGCAUGGUAGAGAAUCUAAGACGAGCAUUUCUACUUUGCAUGGUGGUAAGCUUGCCUAUUUUGACAAUAAUGUGUGUGCUGGCAGAGCCAAUUAUCUGUGUCUUAUUUGAGCGCUAUGCAUUUGAUUCUGCAGCAAGCACCCUAGUUUCUUCUUUGUUUAUUCUUUAUGCUCUUGGCUCACCGUUCUACAUUGUCAGAGAGUUGCUUGUUGUGGUGUUUUAUGCCCUUGGAGAUGGAAAACGACCUUUUCUUGUCAGUGUGGGUGCUACUGCUUUAAAUGCCACCCUGGACUGGCUUUUCAUCUCCAAGUUCUAUUUUGGAGCUCAGGGACUGGCACUUUCAACAUCUUUCACAACUGCUUUGUCGGUAUUAGUUUUGUUCCAUCUCCUUCAGAAGAAACUAUCAGGUGUAAUUGAUUAUGCUGCAUUACUUUGUCCACUCUUGCUUCUGCUUCUCUGUUGCAUUUUAUCUGGCUUCACUACGACUGUCGCCUGCAAGAUGAUUUGCAAUGUGUUGUCUUCCGUCUUCACCAUAAGAUUCCAUAAAAUUCAAGAGCUUCUUGCCAUUUCUUUGGCUGGUACUAUUGGGAUGAUUACCUUCUUCUUUCCACUUGUGUUGCUUCAUUUGUCAGGAUUUCAAAUGGUGAGAGAUCUCGCUAGGAUACUGGGUAAAGGAUAAUAUUUUUAUGAAUUUGCUCAUUUCUCAUUUGCGGCAACGAUGGAUCUUGUAACUUAGCCUACUCACCAAAAACUGAAACUGGGUAGGAGAGUUUUCUUAAUCAUCAUCCAUGAUGUGGCCGGAUCUUUGGAACUUAGCCUACUCACCAGGGACUGAAAUUGCCAGAAGUAGGGUACAAGGUGGAAUUCUGAUGGCUAGAGUGAACCAAAGUGGAAUCAGCCCAUUCGCAGAUGAGACUAUGAAUGCUGAUUAGUUGACAGUCGUCAAACCCGUUCCAACCCAACUGGAAGUACUAAUGCAUUGUGAGAAGAAGCAGACAUGCUGAAAUGCUUAUACAGAUUAUGGAUUGAUUCCAAUUAGAUGUAAAAGAUCCAAUUCCAAGAUGGCAGCUGUUUGGUUAAUUGAUAGCAUCUUAGUUGUUGUACUUGAAGCCUGAGUUUCAAUUUCUCACUUGAUCUGUUGUGUCUUUUGAUUUUAGAGAUGAAAUUUCAUGUUUUGCUUUUCAGAAACAUAUCAUUGAAUAGAUGAGGCUCAACUGUGGUAAUUGUUAAGAUCUCUUGGUUAAAUUAUUA